AUUAAAAAAUGGUACCCAGUGUAAGCAACUGCAUAUUGGUUUUGACGCUAGGAAUUUUGAUUUCCAGAAGGGUGCAUUGUGAUGAUUCCAAAAUUGUCAAUGGCAUUGAUGCGGAGUAUGGUCGAUUUCCGUACUUUGUCAUGCUGUUUGCUGAAAUAAACUCGGACGAAGCGGAACUUUGCGGAGGCAGCCUUUUGAGUGAGAUUUGGGUCCUAACAGCGGCACACUGUUUGCAGAAUGCGUUCACCGUUCUUAUUAGGCUGGGUGCGAUCUACAGUGAGCCGGAAAAUCCGGACGGUUCCGACGAUGGAAGUCUAGUGUUCAACAGUACGGACUUUAUCAUUCACGAAGACUACGAUCCCGAUACCCUUCAAAACGAUAUUGCUGUAGUGAGGAUUCCGGAAGCGGUUCAGUUUAGUGACCGUAUCGGACCAGUCCGGCUUCCUAGUGGACAGGACAGUUAUCUGGGCCGCGAUGCCAUAGCUUGUGGAUUUGGAUACGAACGAACCAAUGGAGAACCUUCCGAUCGGUUGAAAUACAUUGAGCUGAAUGUUUUUGACAAUACGGCGUGCUCGGUAGUUUAUCCGGGGUCUGUUUUCCGGAGCACUUUGUGUGCUAUUGGAAGGCAGCGGAAGUCGAUUUGCCAGGGUGAUUCCGGAGGACCGCUGACACUCGAGAAUUCGUCCAUUUUGAUUGGGGUUACUAGCUUCGGGAGCCGAAUUGCCGGUUGUGAGCGUGGAUUUCCGCAGGGAUUUGCUCGAGUCACGGAAUUCACGCAGUGGAUCCUGGAGCACACCGGAGUUGGAACGUCCGCAUAG